UUCAUCAUACCGUAGAAGACUCGCGAUUCAUUCGGGCGACGAAAAAUAAGCAGCUGGGACAUGGACGGUCACGGGACGGAUGUGAGCAAGCUGUCCGAUGAGGAGCUGCUGCUGCUGGGGAAGGAGGAUGUGAUCCGGAGGAUGAGGAGGCUGGAGAGCCGCAACAUGGACCUGAUGCUGGAACACGCGGACAUGAUGAAGGACGUGAACCGGAGCCUGCAGGUCCAUCUCCAUGAGAUCCGGAGUCUGAAAGACGUCAACCAGAAACUUCAGCACGAUAACCUGGAUCUCCGGGAGCUGUGCUGCUUCCUGGACGACGACCGGCAGAAAGGGAAGAAGGUAUCCCGGGAGUGGCAGCGGUUCGGCCGCUACACGGCCAGCGUCCUGUGGAAAGACGUCGGACUGUACCAGCAAAAGCUUCAGGAGCUGGAGGCCGGUCAGGAGGCGCUGAGGAUGGAGAACAUGGAGCUGAAGGAGAUCGUCCUCAUGCUGGAUGAGGAGAGGAGGGGAGCCGGCUCACGGAGCUCCAUCGACAGCCAGUCCAGCCUCAGCAACCUGAAUGGUACGGUGUCGGUUCGGGACAACGGGGAUGGUAGUAGCACGUCCAGUACUGGGAGCAUCGGUAGUCCGGACCACCACCACCACAACCACCUGUAUAAAGCCCCCGAAGCGAAGACAGCGUCUCUGAGAAGGUCUAUGGACGACCUGUCCGCCACUUACCUCCACAGAGGCACCGGGCUCAAUGAUGCAUCUGUGGGUUACAUCACACAGCUGGAAAACAUGGUGAGGAUGCUGGAGGAUGAAAACAAGCUGCUGCUGUCACAGGGUGCUGCUCUGAUCCCCUCACCCACAGAGCUCUACAUCCCCCGAGGUCAGAAACCAGAGGCAAUAGUCCACGCAAUGAAGGUGUUGCAGGUCCAUGAAAAGCUUGACAGACAGUGUCCGCAGGACUAUGAUGAAGAUCUCAGUGUGAAAGAGAAGACCAUCGUCAGAGAGAUGUGCAAUGUUGUUUGGAGAAAGCUGGGCGAUGCCACCGGCUCCAAGCCAUCCGUCAGACAGCAGCUUUCAGGAAACCAGUUCAAAGGGCCGCUACAGUUGUUGGACACCAAGUGAAGCCACCAUACAUCCCAGCAGUCCAACUAUCCUAGUUUGGACUGGAAGCUUUUCAACCAUGUUUUUUUUUGUUUGCUGAUAAAUUACAGCCACAUCAGUCUGAAAUAAACUGAGUUUUAAUGGAUGUAUGUGUCACUUCUACCUGGAUGUGGUACCAACUGUGGAAGACCAUGGCUGUUACAAGGCCAAAAACAGCAAC